AUGUCGGCGAUGCGCAGUGGGGUGGUUUCGUCUCUCCUACGACGAGCGUUCGCGGUGCGUCGACCACCGAUGGUCUCGACGUCAUCCUCCUUUUCCCCGAUCUGCAGCACGACCAUCCCUGCUGCUGCGCCGCGCUCGACCGCGGAACGAUCUUGGAGCGGCAGCCAGCAUGUGCCGCAUCGGCGUCAGCGAGCGGGGCUUUCGACGUUGAGAAGGGGGCUGACAGGCCCCCUGUCCGCGAGGCUUCGGUUGCCCAUGCGGGGCCUGGAGGAGUUCCGCGAUCCAGAGGUUGUCAAGGCCGGGGACGUUCCCAUCGUCGGGAGGAGCUGGACCGUGCCUGAGCUGCGGAGAAAGAGCUUCGAAGACCUCCACAAGCUCUGGUGA